AUGAAGAGGGAAGGGAGGCAACAUGGAAUUGUUAGAACCUACCCGGUCCGCCCAAACCAACCAAAUUUGGCCCGGCUCAUCAAGAGCUCGAGCUCCCCUCUGAUCGUCGGAACAUUCACUCCGGUCCCGCCCAAGCCCACUACCAACCACUCCAAGUACAUCGGAAGAUGCGGGACGCGUCACAACGGUAAGUCAAAGAACAACAUCAAGGGGAGCCAUAAGUUGAGGUGGCAUGACGCAGUGUCCAAUCACGGCGUAGCAGCUCGUUGGGCAGAGGAAGGCAGCCGGUUCCACUCCGGCUAUUGUUAUGGUGGGAUUUCGGUUGCCGGGUUGUUAGAGAAGUUGGCCAUUGAUGCAGAUCGUGAUGAUGGCGAUUAUCAGGAUAAUGAUUGUGAGAACCCUUAG